AGCUUGCUCACUUUUGAGUACUCCUUUUCAGUUGUGAAAUAAUCAGCGGUCUGCAAGGUUCUCUGUGGGAUCGGAAACAUGUUGAAGCUGGACACCAAAGGAGGAAUCAUCUGCUCGGGCUGCCUGUCCAUAGCCUUUGCCAUAACCUAUUUGGCUUUGAGGGACGAUUACUUCUGGAGAAAUGUACUUUUCGAACUGGGGAUACACAUUUCGUCACUGCAGAUAUUGGCCAGCCUGGUUCUCAUAGCAGGAGCUAUAAAGCAAAACUACAAGUUAUUUGUGCCAUGGAUGAUAACCACAGGAUUCUUUAUGUACCUGAUGGUUUAUCUGGUCUUCGGAGAAACGUGGAUACUCGGCUCGGCGAUUGCGGUCCCGUUCAUAGUCUAUCUGGGCUGCGCCUUGUAUUCGGUGCAAAAGGCCUUAGACAGGAUGCGCAAGGAGGAGCCACCAGCAUAUACCAACUUGUCCGACAAGAAUUUCAUUAAUCAUAUAUAGAGAUUGUGACCACUUAAAAUGGAAGCAAAAAGUAUAAGGGUAGAUCAGAUAGCUGGAAAAUAAAAGUUCAUUAAACGGUAUUUGAAUCAAA